AUAUGGGCACUGACUCUUUCAGCUUUUAAUAUUUAACUUAACCAGUCAGUCAGUGGUGAAACAGGUGUGAUGGAGGCCUGCCAUAGUGAGACCUGGCCUGCCACAGGUGAAACACAUCUAUCGCCAAGCCAAUAGGACUUACCGCUCCUCUCACCCACACUUCUACUUUUCUGGAGAAAUGGAAAGAUUGUCAAAGUAGGCCACAAGGGCUUUAAGCCGGCUGGUGGCUGAAAACACCCUUAACCCCCCCACCUCCUUGGUAAGGCUUGCAGGAGCCUAAUUGAAACCUUUCGCCUCUAAAAUUCUGCCCCGGUCUACUGGCAAACUUUCCACUACCUGGGCUUCACUUUGUGGCUUGAAGUUUGAGCUUGUUAAAAAUCAAACAACAUCAAAGGGUGUGGCCCUAUUACCAAUCCUCCAGGCUUGGUUUGGGAACAGGUUUGGUCGAGGGAGUUGAGUAAGUUGGUGAGCACGGUCCUCCUAGGGAACCUCCAUGCGCGGGACCUGACAAAACCUCUGGGCUCAGCAGGCUGGCGAGGGUGCGAGACGGGCAGGGAAUACUAGCGCUGGUCCCGACCCUGCCGAGGAGCCCAGUGCCUCCCCGGACCGCCUUGGCCAUUCAGCUCCGCUCCUCUUUGGCCAUCCGGCUCCGCCCCUUUCCGGCCAGCCCCGCCCCGUCGUUUCUCUCCCGGCUUUCCUCUGCCGCAUGGUCUCCGGCCGCUGGCGUCGGGAGCCGGAAGCAUGGGCGCUGAGUGGGAGCUGGGGGCCGAGGCUGGCGGGUCGCUGCUGCUGUGCGCCGCGCUGCUGGCGGCGGGCUGCGCUCUGGGCCUGCGCCUGGGCCGCGGGCGGGGGGUGGCCGACCGCGGGGCGCUCAUCUGGCUCUGCUACGACGCGCUGGUGCACUUCGCGCUGGAGAGAGUGGGCAAGACCACGAACCAGGAGGGCGCUGGGGUCCUGGGAUCCACGGAAUGGAAUUUCAAGAACACUGAUAAAUUGCUGUAGCACCAUUAAAAACAAAGAAAGAAAAUAAAAGGUGAGGCACCUGGCAACCAGAAAGUCAGUGGUGAGAGUGGGAUUGAUGGGAGGGAGGCUCCAGAAGCCAAACACUUACAGGCCGGGUAGAGGAGAAGCUGGGCAGUAGAUGAAAGUCCUGCAGAAGUUUGGUGGUGGGAGGAGGAAGGGCAGGAGGGUAGCUCCAGAGGCACCUCGGGGCAGGCUGGGGGAUCUUGGUUCCUUUGAAGAUAAAGGUCUGGGCGAGAGGAUGGCCGAGGAAGGGUAAAAGUGCAGGCACGGUGGGCAGCUCUCGCUGUCUGAUGUGUGCUUGGCCAUGGAGGAGUUUUGAGACGAAGUCUCACUCUCUUGCCCAGGCUGGAGUGCAAUAGCAUGAUCUUGGCUCACUGCAACCUC